ACAAAGCCGUCAGAUGCGAGCAGGACGCGGCUGCGCAUGUUUCAAACGGGCUGUUCGUUGUUUUUGAACGUGUUUUACCGCUAAAAUGAUCAAUACUGAGGUUUUUUCAACGUAACAACAGUUCAAAACAAAAUGAAGUGUCAGUUCUUACUCUUAGUUCCGUGAAGUGUUUAUAUUUUGGUGUUAAAACGACAUAGAAGGAGUAAAACCAAUGUGUGUGAUCCAUGUGUGAAUAUUGUGCUACAAGAUGUGGUCAAGAAACUUUAUACCGGAUUAUGGGAUUAAAUUGCUAUCAUUCGGCCUGCUGCUAACAACGCUGUCCGCUGAAAUCCAUAGUGUCGAAGGUUUCGUCUCCUGUUCACCGUCCCCGUGUAAAAAUGGUGGGACCUGUCUUUCAACUUCGCGCGGAGAGUAUUUCUGCAAUUGCACGUCUCGUUACGCCGGCGAGUUCUGCCAGCAUCUGAACCCUUGCCACAGUGAAUCGAGUCCUCGCUGUCAGAAUGGGGGUUCAUGCAGGGUGCGACCGGGCGUCGGAGGCGCUCCGCCCUCGUUCGCAUGUGAUUGUCCAUUGGGAUUCAGUGCAUCAUUGUGCGAGAUACGAGUGCCGGCCGCUUGUGACUCCGCGCCGUGUCUGAACGGUGCGACCUGCCGACUGACGUCAUUGUUCACUUAUGAAUGCGACUGCCCUCCAGGUUAUACAGGUGAGGAAUGCUCCCACGAAGACCACUGCGCGUCCCAGCCUUGCAGGAAUGGCGGAAGAUGCGUGGCCGAUAACACAACUGCUGCAGGUUACUCCUGCGCUUGCCCACCAGGCUUCACUGGCUCCAGGUGUACCGAAGACGUCUUCGAAUGCUCCAGUGGUUCCGGACCCUGUCAUCACGGGAGAUGCUUCAAUACCCUGGGAUCGUACACCUGUGUUUGCGAGCCAGGAUACACAGGCAGAGACUGUGAUACAGAAUAUGUGCCCUGUGAACCGUCUCCCUGUCUGCAUGGAGGCAGAUGCACGCAAAUGGAUCAGUUGCGUUACGAAUGCGAUUGUCCUGCCGGUUACCGGGGUCAGAACUGCGAGAUCGACAUCGAUGACUGUCCGGGACAUCUGUGUCAGAACGGCGCCACUUGUGUGGACGGCCUCAACUCCUACACCUGCGAGUGUCCGCCGACGUUCAGCGGCAACUUCUGCGAAACUGAUGUAGAUGAAUGCGCCUUGAGACCUCUAGUAUGUCAGAACGGAGCAACAUGUACGAAUUCCGUCGGAGGAUUUUCCUGCAUAUGUGUGAAUGGCUGGACUGGUCCAGAGUGUUCUGUCAAUAUCGAUGACUGUGCUGGAGCGGCAUGCUUCAACGGCGCCACAUGCAUAGACCGUGUUGGAGCCUUCUACUGCAAGUGUACUCCAGGGAAAACUGGUCUUCUUUGUCACCUGGAUGAUGCUUGCACGUCCAACCCCUGCCACGCAGAUGCCAUCUGCGACACGAGCCCCAUUAACGGUUCCUAUACGUGUUCCUGUGCAUCUGGAUAUAAGGGUUUGGAUUGCUCGGAGGACAUCGAUGAGUGUGAACAGGGGUCUCCUUGUGAACACGAUGGCAUCUGUGUGAACACGCCGGGCUCUUUCGCGUGCAACUGUUCGGUGGGUUUCACUGGACCUCGUUGUGAGACCAAUGUCAACGAGUGUGAGAGCCACCCUUGUAGGAACGACGGCUCCUGUCUCGACGAUCCCGGCACCUUUAGAUGUGUCUGUAUGCCUGGUUUCACGGGAACACAGUGCGAGGUGGAGAUAGACGAGUGUGCUAACAACCCAUGUCUCAACGGCGGAGUCUGUCACGAUAUGAUAAACGCCUUCAGAUGUACCUGUGUUAUAGGCUUCACAGGUGCCCGUUGCCAAGUGAACAUCGACGACUGCGCUUCGAGCCCGUGUCGGAACGGCGGCACCUGCCACGAUUCGAUCGCGGGUUACACUUGCGAAUGUCCCCCGGGUUACACGGGAAUGUCGUGUGAAACAAACAUUAAUGACUGUCUGUCGGCGCCGUGUCAUCGCGGCGAAUGUAUAGAUGGGGACAACAGCUUCACGUGCAACUGCCACCCCGGGUACACGGGCCGCGUGUGCCAAACCCAGAUAAACGAGUGCGAGUCCAAUCCGUGCCAGUUUGGAGGUCACUGUGAAGACCUCAUCGAUGGGUAUCAGUGCCGCUGUAAGCCUGGAACCUCUGGACGCAACUGUGAGAUCAACGUCAACGAAUGCUACUCAAACCCUUGCAGGAAUGGGGCGACUUGCAUCGAUGGAAUCAACAGCAACAGUUACUUUGAGUACACUUGCGAAUGCAUCCCGGGCUUCACUGGCCAACAUUGUGAGACCAAUAUCAACGAAUGUCUGUCCAACCCUUGCGCCAAUGGUGGCAAAUGCAUCGACCGCAUCAACGGCUUCCGAUGCGAAUGCCCACGAGGAUAUUAUGACGCUAGGUGUCUAUCGGAUGUCAACGAAUGUGCUUCCAACCCUUGCAUCAACGGUGGGACUUGUGAAGACGGCGUCAACCAGUUCAUCUGUCAUUGUUUGCCAGGAUAUGGAGGUCAGCGAUGCGAGCGUGAUAUCGACGAGUGUAGCUCGAACCCUUGUCAGCACGGUGGAACGUGUCAUGAUAGACUGAAUGCUUACAAGUGUGACUGUGUGCUGGGAUUCACCGGUGUGAACUGCGAGACCAACAUCGACGAUUGUGCGGGCAACCCUUGCCUGCAUGGCGGGUCGUGCAUUGAUCUCGUGAACGGAUACCGCUGUGUCUGCGAGCCUCCACACUCAGGACGCAAUUGUGAAAACACCUUGGACCCCUGCCUGCCUAACCAAUGUCGUCACGGUGGCCGCUGCAUGGCGGAAGCGUCUUACGCGGAGUUCACUUGCCAGUGUCCCGUGGGUUGGACCGGAGCCCUGUGUGAGCGGGACGUGGACGAGUGUGCGGUCACGGCGCCCUGUCAUAACGAGGCCACCUGUCUUAACAAGGAAGGCUCCUACGCAUGUCUCUGCGCGAGAGGAUACGAAGGCAAAGACUGCGCAAUCAACACAGAUGAUUGUGCUUCAUUCCCAUGCCAGAACGGUGCGACUUGUUUGGACAGCAUAGGUGACUACAACUGUGUGUGUGCGAGCGGGUUCGCUGGAAAACACUGUGAGGUUGACAUAGAUGAGUGUCAGUCGCGACCCUGCAUGAACGGCGCUACUUGCAACCAGUACGUGGCCUCCUACACCUGCACUUGCCCAUUGGGUUUCUCCGGCAUCAACUGUCAGACUAACGACGAGGACUGCACCGAGUCUAGCUGCAUGAACGGUGGCACCUGCAUAGACGGCAUCAACUCCUACAACUGUUCCUGCCCGCCUGGGUACACUGGUUCGAACUGCCAGUUUCGUAUUAACAUGUGUGAUAGCUCACCCUGCGACAACGGCGCUACAUGUCACGAUCAUGUUACUUUCUACACCUGCCACUGUCCUUACGGAUACACCGGGAAGCAUUGCGAGGCUUUUGUGGAUUGGUGUGAGAACAACCCGUGCGAGAACGGUGCAACGUGCUCCCAGAAAGGCCCACAGUAUACAUGCACGUGUUCACCUGGCUGGUCGGGCAAGCUGUGUGAUGUCGAGAUGGUGUCUUGUAAAGACGCUAGUAUACGGAAAGGUGUGAAGUUAAAGCAGUUGUGUAACAACGGUUCUUGUGAGGAUAUAGGAAACUCCCAUCGCUGCCAUUGUCUCGAUGGUUACACGGGCUCCUACUGCCAGAAAGAAAUCAACGAGUGUGACUCCGCCCCCUGCCAGAAUGGAGCCGUUUGUAAAGACCUCGUCGGUACCUACCAGUGCCAAUGCGCUAAAGGUUUCCAAGGACAGAACUGUGAACUUAACGUCAACGACUGUCUGCCUAAUCCGUGUCAGAAUGGCGGAACAUGUCACGACCUCAUAAACAACUUCUCCUGUUCCUGUCCUUUCGGAACACUCGGCAAAAUAUGCGAAAUUAACGUCAACGACUGCAAACAAGAUGCUUGUCAUAAUAACGGCACUUGUAUGGAUAAGGUUGGCGGUUUCGAAUGCAAGUGUCCUGCUGGGUUCGUAGGUCCUAGAUGCGAAGGUGAUAUAAACGAAUGCUUAUCAAACCCGUGCUCAAACCCUGGCACUCAAGACUGUGUACAGCUCGUUAACGAUUAUCACUGUAACUGUAAACCGGGCUACAUGGGCAGGCAUUGCGACGCUAAGGUAAACUUCUGUGCUAAUUCACCAUGUCAAAACGGUGGUAUUUGCACGGCUAUUCAAGGUGGACAUGAGUGUUUGUGUGGCGAUGGAUUUUAUGGCAAAAACUGUGAAUAUUCGGGCUACGCGUGUGACUCGAAUCCUUGUCAGAACGGUGGCUACUGUCGAACAUCCGAAAUCGGUGACUAUGUUUGCGACUGUCCAUCCGGAUUAUCUGGUAUUAACUGUGAAAUCGAUUCUAUGAAUGAAUGUCUGAGUAGUCCGUGUAAACAUCCUGAAGCUCGCUGUAUUGAUAAACCUGGUGAUUUCCUCUGCUACUGCCCAAGACAAUGGACGGGUAAAAUCUGUGAAAUACACGAUCCCCACUCAAGGGGUGGUUAUGGAAGUCCCGUGUCGGGGGUGUAUGGCAAGAACCCUGCGUUAACUCUGCAAGAACUAGACUUAGCAUUCCAAAGGGAACAAUGUGUAAAAUUAGGAUGCAAAGAAAAACAGUCGGACCACCACUGUGACGAAGAAUGUAACACAUAUGCAUGUGACUUUGACGGAAAUGAUUGUUCUCUCGGUAUCAAUCCAUGGGCGAAUUGUACUGCUCCAAUUAAAUGUUGGGAAGUUUUUAUGAAUGGCGAAUGUAAUGAAGUAUGUAAUACACAGGCUUGUUUAUUUGACGGUCGAGACUGCGAGAAAUCCCUGCAGAGGUGUAAUCCUGUAUACGAUGCGUAUUGUCAAAAGCAUUAUGCCAAUGGUCAUUGUGACUACGGAUGCAAUAAUGCUGAGUGUAAUUGGGACGGUCUCGAUUGUGAAAAUGAGCCACCUGAUUUAGCUGAAGGUGUUAUGUCUGUCAUAUUACUUAUGGACAUGCUUACGUUCAAAGAAAAUUCCGUAGCCUUUUUACGUGAUCUGGGCCAUCAACUACGGACUACCAUACUAAUAAAAAGAGAUCACUUGGGCAAUGAAAUGGUAUAUCCCUGGAAGGGUUCGACAGACGUCGGUCUCCAAGAUACCGAAUUUGGAAAGAAACACCACAUAGUCUACACAGAGAGAGGUCAAUCUGGAGUUCAAGUUUAUUUGGAAAUUGAUAACCGAAAAUGUACUACAAUGUCUGGUUCCGAAUGUUUCUUCUCAGCUAGAGAAGCAGCUGAGUUCUUGGCAGCAACAGCGUCAAAACAUUCAUUAUCUCCAGACUUCCCCAUUUUCCAAGUAAAAGGUGUCAAUACUCCGGACAAUGAACCAUUACCAACAAACUCUAAAUACGUUUUUAUUGGUGUAAUUAUGAUUCUUUUACUGGGUCUUCUUAUUGGGGUACUUGUCACGGCUCAAAGAAAACGUGCCGCUGGUAUAACGUGGUUCCCAGAAGGAUUUAUUCGCAACAACUCCUCAACCCGACGUCGUUCUAGACGAAGAGGACCUGAUGGACAGGAAAUGAGAAAUUUGAACAAGGCUUCCAUAGGAUGUAUCGACGUUGACAUCAAUGGUGGUCACAUGGGUCCGCCACACUGGUCCGAUGAGGAUGACGAUGGCUCAGCUCCUCCCAGAGCCAAGAGAGCCCGAGGCCCUGGGGACACGAAUGGAGCACCAGGAGGCUACGCGUCGGACCAUACAGCGAUUACUGAUUAUGAAGAAGCUGGUCAUGAACCUAGAGUAUGGACGCAGCAACAUUUAGAUGCGGCGGAUAUUAGAGUGCCGCCUAGUAUGAUGACACCACCUGCUAUCCACGACGGUCAUGUAGACGUGAACGCCCGCGGUCCACUUGGUAUGACGCCUCUCAUGGUGGCGGCCAUACGAGGUGGAGGUUUGGAUACUGGCUCGGACGUGGAAGACGAACAGACUGCUCAUAUCAUAUCGGAGCUGGUAGCACAAGGAGCUCAGCUUAAUGCUGCUAUGGACAAGACUGGAGAAACUAGCUUACACUUGGCUGCAAGAUACGCUCGCGCGGACGCUGCCAAACGUCUACUAGACGCAGGUGCUGAUGCAAACUCUCAAGACAACACCGGACGGACGCCGCUGCAUUCCGCUGUGGCUGCGGAUGCCAUGGGCGUGUUCCAGAUCCUGUUGAGGAACAGGGCCACCAACCUGAACGCGAGGAUGCAUGAUGGCACCACUCCAUUAAUAUUGGCUGCCAGGCUGGCCAUCGAAGGUAUGGUUGAAGACCUGAUCAACGCGGAUGCGGACAUCAACGCUGCCGACAACAGUGGUAAGACAGCGCUUCACUGGGCCGCUGCUGUCAAUAACGUGGAUGCAGUCAACGUGCUGUUAGUCCACGGAGCUAACAGAGACGCUCAAGAUGACAAGGACGAGACACCUCUUUUCCUGGGUGCACGCGAGGGUUCGUACGGCGCGUGCAAGGCGUUGCUGGAUGCGAUGGCCAACCGCGAGAUCACUGACCACAUGGACCGUCUCCCGCGGGACGUCGCCCAGGAACGGAUGCACGACGACAUAGUCAGACUCCUCGACGAACACUGCCCGCGACCGCCUCAGCAUCACCACCUGAUGGGCACUGACUUCCCCUCUUCCACAGCGUCUCCGAACCCACAUCCUCAGCUCAUCAGCCAACCCACAGUCAUCGCAGGGAAGGGAAAGAAAAAGCCAAGAGCGAAGCCCGGCCCGGACAGCCCUCAGGAGCAAUACGACUCCACCAUGCAACCCUCGCAGAUACGACGGAAACCAAGCGUAAAAAAGAAUAACAAGAAAGUGGCCCAGGAGGUGCCGCAGAGCGUCGAGAGUUUGGGAUUCAGUCUGAGUCCCGUGGAAUCACCACUGCAAAAUUUACAGGACCUGCCGUCUCCGUACGACGCGACGUCUUUAUACUCCAACGCGAUGGCUCAGUUCCCGCCCGUGGAGCAGCUCGUCCACAAACAGCCGCCCAGCUACGAUGACUGCGUCAAGGUAUAUACACAUACGGGUCAGUCUCUUCAGUACGGGGGCGCAGGCUUGGGGGCCUCCUUGUCACCGCCCUACUCCAACCACUCACCAACACACAGCAAUCAAACGACGUCUCCGCACGCUUACAUAGGUUCCCCGUCCCCCGGCAAGUCCCGGCCGUCUCUGCCGACGUCGCCGGCUCACAUGGCGGCGCUGCGUCAUCACCACCUCGACGCAAACGCAUACUCCGCUCUUGCGCAUCUGAGUGCGAACGGCCAACACAACGCGCAGCUGCAGGCGGUGAUGACGCACGCAGCGGCUCUCGGACACGUGCAGGGAGCGCAGCACCCGGCCAUCACCAACAUCAUGUCCGGUUUGUACGGCAGCUGGGGUAUGGGUGACACGUUCCCGACCCCGUCCCCGGAGUCCCCCGACCACUGGUCCACGCCGUCCCCCCAGACCCCGCUCACGCAGUCCCCCCACUCCGACUGGUCGGACCGCGCCGCCCUCUCCCCCAACGACAUACAACAGACAAACAAAGGCGCGACCGACGCCUUCUAUAUAUAAACGACGAGCGCACUCCUCACUCAUGACGCGGAUAGGAAAUGAAAUUGUUGAAUUAUCGAACGCAAAUGUUUGUAAUUAAAAUAUUAGUAUAGACUGACGCUGCGUGACGGCGGACAGCUUGCAGCUUACAGCUAACUGAGCUUAUGAUGGACGUGCGUCGAUAGCUGAAUAGUUCGCGAGGAGAACUCGAGGUGCUAGUGCCGUGGAGAGCCGUGGAUAGACUGAUUUGUAUAGCCAUGACUUAUUUUAGAGAAAAUUUAUAUGACAUACCCAUGACACAAGUCGCUUGGUUUAUGCUGCGAGAUAUUCAUUAUAGUUUCUAUAGCACCGCCAUGACAUGCCGCGUGACCAGCCCUCACCCGCGCCCUUGUUAUUGUUAAAUCCUCUUUUAUUGUUUAAAACGUGUUUUAAAAAUAUUUAAAAAUGGGAAUUAUGUAUCCACUUAUGAGAUUGUUUUGCGUUCUGACGUGAAAGGAAAUUAUUUAUGUGUGAUUCUUUAGCACGUGAUCCCUGUACUUUAGUGUAUGUAGAUUUUUAUAUAAGUUACGUCUAGUUUAAGGUGAACGAGAUUGACGCUUGUAGUCUUUGAGUUUUCAUUUGAUAUUUUGUUUAUUUUUUUUUCUUUUAUUUCUGGUACACGUCAAUCUCCGUUCAGUGAUUUCAUACUUAGUUAUUUCCGCUUAUCAUUCCGAACGCUUCCAAGUUCACUGGUGACUUAUUUUAUAGUUUUUACCGAAAUCUAUUUUUUUAUCGUCACCACGAAUAUUCCAAAAGUACGCAACGUACGGUAAGAUCUCAUCAUUCCAUUGUUUGCUUUAAAGUGUUCUUUUUAAUCUGUGGACCAACAUGCUCAAUUUUGUCAAAUUCAUCAUUAUCUAUGUAUUUGUAUUAUAUUAUCGUUAAGGGAAUAUUUUGUUAGCUAAGUUUUUAAAACUGCUGCAGACGUGAACUUCGCCUACAUUAUUGUAAAUAUUAUAUUUUAACGAUUAUUUAAAUAUAAAAACUCGAAUCGUAAAAUGAUCUUCGUAGUUUUAUAUAGUUUUAGUUUAUAUUUUGUGUCAUUGUUAUGUGCCAAUGAGCCAAGUUCUUUAUAAAAAAAAAUAAUAACUUUUUUAAAUUCGAUGAAAAAACGGGCCCGGAUUUUUGUUUAAGGCUCUCUAAAACAAUUCUGAACCUUUCUCUAGAUCUACUAUGUAUUACUAGUAUAAUUAAGUAGUGUACGUCAUCGAAACGCGUGCUUCCUUAAAAUGCAUUCUUUUAAUUAAAUGAAUUGUAAUUAAUAAUAACAAAUGAAUGUUAGACAUUGCAUUGUAAAGUACAAAAUUGAAGUUCGACUAAGUGUUGCCAUUUUAUUGAAAUAAAUUAUUAAAGGAAUUUAUUAUUAAUAUUAAUGUCAUAUGUAAGAUUUUAAUGGCGAAAAUAUGGAAACGUACAAAUCUUGGCACAUUGUUAGAAAGGCGUUAUGCAUGUAAAUUGAGGCACAAAUUUGUCAAUUACGUUGUGCCUUCAAAUAUGUAUUAAGUAUUGUAAAACUAUUAUGGAUAGUAUAAGUUAUACAAGUAAGCGUGUAAAUACAUUUUUAUUAUUAUUUUUAUGAAAUGCAUUUCACUGUAAGAUUUUAAAAUUUGAGGAGAAUAAUUUUUAAAUAUUUUCCCCUAACUGACAAUAAAGGAAUAAACUUAUAA